AUGAAUGGUGACAAUAAAGAAGCUAUAAGGGUACAAGAGCUAGUAGAUCUCCUCAGUAGGAGAACAUGGCAUCUAGUGGCUAUUGGUGAGCUCCAGGUUGAUUCGGGGCUUUCCGAGUUUAUAGCAUGUAUUUUGUUAAUGGCCAUCUACGAGCACAAAGUUGCAGUCCAAGGUUUUGUAUGGUGUAUCAAUUCUUUUGAUCAGUGGGGUGUGGAGCUAGGAAAAUCUUUAGCGACUCAAGUUAGAAAGCAACUUCAUGCAUCUCGUAAGAAAGGAGAAUCAGUUGAAGGCUUUAAUUUCAGCACCAAAAUGUUGAUAACAAGAUAUCUCGAGGCAAGUGCAGAUGUUCCUUCUGAUCCUUCUACUCUUCUACCAAAUAUAUGAGAAAUGUUAAGAAUCAGAUUUCAUGACCACGGUUUAA